AAAUGAUAGAGUGUUUUCGUUCGUCAAUAAUACGGUCGUCGGAACGAACCUCAGCCAUUCGAACAGACCGAACGAUUGCGGAAUGAGUGAAAACUCCACCAAUCACAACGGAGAAGUGAAGCAAGAAAAUGCCGACUCAAACCAGAGCGGUGGCCAAAGCAACGGGUCGCAGGAGAAGACUCGCUCGGACAGCAUCGAGCGCAUCAUGCAGCGCAAGCAACGGGUGUAUCGGUUGCCGCGAAAGCAGAAGCUAACGAAGCUGUCCAUGUACUCGUCGUGCCAGGGAACGGAGUGCCGCUGCACCGGGUGGAAAACGCCCGAGGAGUACCGCCACAAGGAUGUGGAGGUGGACUACUCGCCGGAUUUCGGCGAAGAGUGUCGCAAUCCAAACUGCAAGCACAGUCUGGAGACACACAUCCGCCAUCUGGGGGACAUAAGCGAGGAGCAGAUGAACGAGCUGCUCGGGGCCAUCGUGGACGUCGAGAACCUGUACAUGAGCAUGCUGCGCGAACCCGACACGGACACGAAGAAGGUUUACGCGUAUCUGUUUCGCCUGUUACGCCAGUGCAUCCUGUCGCGGACUCAGGCCGUCAUCCGGGGACCGCUGGGCGAUCCACCGUUCGAACAACCCUCGAUUUCCAAAGCCGUCACUAACUUCGUGCUCUACAAAUACGGUCACUUGCACCAGUCCGAACUGGAUUCGAUGACGGAAGUGGCCAAGACGUUCCUGCACUGCCUGAACCACUGGAACUUUGAAGCUCCGGGCGCACGGAGCGAUCUCGUCAAUCAGGAAGAUGUUUCGAACUACAAGAUUAACUACACUCGCUGGCUCGUUUUCUGCCACGUGCCGGCGUUCUGUGGCUCGUUGCGCCACUUCGAGACAUCGGUCGUGUUCGGCAGGACGCUCCUGAAAGCUGUCUAUCAGUACGUCUACCAGCAGCUGCUGGCGAAGUGCAAAACGGAGCGUGAUCGGAUGCCACCGGAAAAGCGCAUCAUGCUCACUCAGCUCCCGAAGUUUCUCGAAGCCCUCAAACAGGAGGUGGUGAACGAGGAUUCACCGAUCUGGUCCGCCAACUUUAAGCCCUCCACUUCGCUGGUACUGCACAAAAGCAAACGGCAGCACGGUGACGGUUCGUGUACGUCGGCGGGCUCGAAAAAGUUUGCCGGAGAUGCAAAGCGCUACAAGAAGGAAUCGGACUGUGAAGACUUGAGCGACGAUGUGGUGGCGCGGGCACUGAAGCGCAUCAACGACUCAAACUACGCCAGCCGAGCGGAGGUCGUCUUUCCGCCGAACGCACCGCGCGACGAAGCGGCCAAGGCCGAGGAGAACCGACGUGAGAUUGAGUUUCACGUCGUCGGCAAUUCGCUCACCAAGGCGGUCGAGAAAAAGUCGAUGCUAUGGCUGCUCGGGCUCCACAGUGUGUUUGCGCAUCAACUGCCCGGCAUGCCACGGGAGUACAUCAGUCAGCUAGUGUUCGACCCGAAACACAAAACGUUGGCACUCAUCAAGGAAGGGCGCCCGAUCGGUGGUAUCUGUUUCCGGACAUUUGUCACGCAAGGCUUCACGGAGAUCGUGUUCUGCGCGGUGACCAGCAGCGAGCAGGUCAAGGGCUAUGGGACGCAUUUGAUGAACCACCUGAAGGACUACAGUACCCAGCGGGGCAUCAAACACUUUCUCACCUAUGCGGACGAAUUUGCGAUCGGGUACUUCAAGAAGCAGGGUUUCUCCAAGGACAUCAAAGUGGCACGCCCAGUAUACGCCGGAUUUAUCAAGGAGUACGAGGGCGCGACGCUGAUGCACUGCGAGUUGCACCCGAGCUUGAUCUACACGCAGUUCAGUUCGGUUAUACGGAAGCAAAAGGAAAUCGUAAAGGAGCUGAUUACGCAGCGCCAGCAGGAAGUGCAGAAGGUGCACGCGGGUCUGACCUGUUUCAAGGAAGGUGUCCGAAGCAUACCGAUCGAGUCGAUACCGGGCCUUCGGGAAGUUGGGUGGCGGCCACUGUUUCGUGCCCAGCGAACCGCACGCCCGCUGGAAGAGUCGGCCGAUCCGGACAAGUUGGCCAACGCGUUGGGUGGGGUGCUAUUGACCGUGCGACAGCAUACGGCUGCUUGGCCGUUCCUGAAGCCGGUAAACCAAGCCGAAGUGCCAGACUACUACGAUCACAUCAAGUACCCGAUGGAUCUCAAAACAAUGACGGAGCGACUGAAAAAUAAAUAUUACGUUACGAGACGUUUGUUCAUGGCUGAUAUGGCACGAAUCUUCACAAACUGCCGCCUGUACAAUUCUCCCGAGACGGAAUACUAUCGCUGCGCCAACACGCUUGAGCGGUACUUUCAAACCAAAAUGAAGGAGAUCGGUCUGUGGGACAAAUGAUGUCCGCUCACGAAGCACGAUCGGCCGCAUCAUCCUACAGACGUCGACAACGACGACGAAGACGACGGGGACACAAGAAACGCCGGCAGCAAAACGCCAGUCGUGGUCGGUGAGCAUCGGAAAACGUAUAAAAAGGCGUACUACCACGCGUACGGUAACAUUUACAGUACCGCCGAUGGGAAGGCGAGCUACGGUAGGAAAAGCGUUCCGGUCGGAGGAGUUCGCAAUGCGAACGUCACCGCGGCAGCGAACCUUUCCGGCCCGAAUUCGAGGGAAGAGACUUCUAAACAAUCUUCCGUUGGAUUGGAAGCCGAAUUUGGACAAGCCAACAAGGAUUCGUAAGAAGUGUUUGUGUAUAGCGAGUAGGUAAAUUAUUGCGAGCUUGCCAAGAUUCACGAUUUACGUACUCUAAGCCACGGAAUAUGUCAUCAAAUUGAACCAUGAUAUGCUUGCUGUUCACAAAAUUAUAAGCUAAACAACUAAAACUAAAUUCUAAAGUAAACUGCGUCACCCAUAUUUGUCUCAAUAUGUUCCGCAAAUACAAACAGGUUAAUAACAAUGGAAAUAAAGUUGCAGAAAAUACUG